AUGGGGUGGAGAAUACUUCCCAUCUGCUUGUCUCUGCUGCUUCCUGUUUUCUUGAUUCAACAAGUUUCAUCUCAAGAUUUAUCAAGCUGUGCAGGGAGAUGUGGGGAAGGGUAUUCUAGAGGUGCCACCUGCAACUGUGAUUAUAACUGUCAACACUACAUGGAGUGCUGUCCUGAUUUCAAGAGAGUCUGCACUACAGAGCUCUCCUGCAAAGGACGCUGCUUCGAGUCCUUCGCCCGAGGGAGGGAGUGUGACUGUGACUCCCAGUGCAAACAGUAUGGCAAGUGCUGUCCAGAUUAUGACAGCUUCUGUGAAGAAGUUCAUAAUCCCACACCAGCAUCUCCAAAGACUGCACCUCUGCCUCCAAGAGCAUCUCAUACCAUCAAAUCAACCACCAAACGCUCACCCAAAUCACCAAAAAAGAAGACUAAGAAAGUUGUAGAAUCUGAGGAAAUAACAGAAGAACAUUCUGUUUCUGAAAAUCAAGAGUCCUCCUCCUCCUCCUCUUCUUCUUCUUCAACUAUUCGGAAAAUCAAGUCUUCCAAAAAUUCAGCUAAUAGAGAAUUACAGAAGAACCCAAAAGUAAAAGCAAGCAAGAAAAACACCCCUAAAAAGAAACCUAAUCCAGAACCACCAGUUGUGGAUGAAGCCGGAAGUGGAAUGGAUGAUGGUGCGACCAAGCUCACCCCACCUCCUGACCCUCCUACUACUCCACACAACAAAGUCACCACAGCUCCCAAGACUACAGCAGCAAAGCCAGUAACUCCUAAACCCAGUCUUGCACCUAAUUCUGAGACAUCCAAAGAGGCAUCUUCAGCUUCCAAUAAAGAGACAACAGUUGAAACAAAGGAGACUACUGAGACAAAUAAACAGUCUUCCUCCAGUAAAAAAGAGAAGACUACUAAAGAGACCCGGAAUGCAGAGAAAACAUCUGCUAAAGAUGUUGAACCCACAUCUACAACUCCCAAGAACUCAGCUCCCACUACUACCAAGAAGCCUGUAACUACAACCAAGGAACCUGUUCCUACCACUCCCAAGGAGCCUGAACCCACCACCAAGGAACCAGCUCCUACAACCUCUAAGGAGCCACCUCCCACCACCCCCAAAGAACCAGCUCCUACAACCCCUAAGGAGCCAGCUCCCACCACCCCCAAAGAACCAGCUCCCACCACCCCCAAGGAGCCAGCUCCCACCACCCCCAAAGAACCAGCUCCUACAACUCCUAAGGAGCCAGCUCCCACCACCCCCAAAGAACCAGCUCCUACAACCCCUAAGGAGCCAGCUCCCACCACCCCCAAAGAACCAGCUCCUACAACCCCUAAGGAGCCAGCUCCCACCACCCCUAAGGAGCCAGCUCCCACCACCCCCAAGGAGCCAGCUCCCACCACCCCCAAGGAGCCAGCUCCCACUACCCCCAAGGAGCCAGCUCCCACCACCCCCAAUGAGCCAGAACCCACCACCCCCAAGGAACCUGAACCUACCACCCCCAAGGAACCUGAACCCACCACCCCCAAGGAACCUGAACCCACCACCCCCAAAGAGCCUGCUCCCACCACUCACAAGGAGCCAGCUCCCACCACCCCCAAGGAGCCAGCUCCCAUCACCCCCAAGAAGCCAGCUCCCACCACCCCCAAGGAGUCAGCUCCCACCACCCCCAAGAAGCCAGCUCCCACCACCCCCAAGGAGCCUGAACCCACCACCCCCAAGGAGCCUGAACCUACCACCCCCAAGGAACCUGAACCCACCACCCCCAAAGAGCCUGCUUCCACCACUCCCAAGGAGCCUGAACCCACCACCCCCAGGGAGCCUGAACCCACAACCCCCAAGGAACCUGAAUCUACCACCCUCAAAGAGCCAGCUCCCACCACCAAGAAGCCUGAACCCACCACCCCCAAGGAGCCAGCUCCCACCACCCCCAAGGAGCCUGCACCAACUACCACCAAGGAACCUAAACCCACCAUUCCUGAGGAUCCUGAACCCACUACUCCUAAGACCCCUGAUGAAGUAACAGCUGAGUUUGCUGAGGCAACCACACCAAAGGCUCUUGAAAAUAAUCCCAAGAAGCCCACUGUACCAACAACUGAGACUCCUGAGGUGAGCAAACCUGAAAUGACAACUGCUAAAGAAAAGACAACAGAAAAAGAUACAACCCAAACUACUACUAUCAUCCCUAAGAGGCCAACAGAGACAACAAUCAUACCAGGAGAGACUACUGAAUCAAAAGCAAGUACCACCACUCAAAUGAUGUCUACAACUCAAGAUACCACAUCACCCAAAGUCACUACUCUGAAAGCAACAACUCCUGCACCCAAAGAAACUGCUCCAACAGAAGAGAUUCAGAACAAACCUCAAGAAACAACUCCUGCAUCAGAAGAUUCUGAUGAUUCUAAGACAACUCUAAAACCACAGAAACCAACCAAAGCACCCAAGCCCGUUUCUACCAAAAAGCCAACCAAAGCACCCAAGAAGCCCACCUCUACCAAAAAGCCAAAGACACCAAAAGUGAGAAAACCAAAAACAACACCAUCUCCCCUAAAGACGACUUCAACAAGGCCUGAAUUGAAUACAACCCCUCUAGAAGUCACACUGCCAACCUCCACCACCCCUAAACAAACUCCAAACUCUGAAACAGCUCAAGUAAAUCCAGAUCAUGAAGACGCAGAUGGAGGUGAAGGAGAAAAACCUCUGAUUCCCAGGCCCCCUGUGCUAUUCCCCACAGCUAUUCCAGGCACUGAUCUCCUGACGGGGGCACUCAAUCAAGGCAUUAACAUCAAUCCUAUGCUUUCAGAUGAAACCAAUUUGUGCAAUGGCAAGCCAGUAGACGGACUGACUACUCUGCACAAUGGGACAUUAGUUGCAUUUCGAGGUCAUUAUUUCUGGAUGCUGAAUCCAUUCAGACCACCAUCUCCACCACGCAGAAUUACCGAAGUCUGGGGUAUUCCCUCUCCCAUUGACACUGUUUUUACUAGAUGUAACUGUGAAGGAAAAACUUUCUUCUUUAAGGAUUCUCAGUACUGGCGCUUUACCAAUGAUGUAGCAGAUCCUGGGUAUCCUAAACAAAUUGUCAAAGGCUUUGGAGGACUGACAGGGAAGAUAGUGGCUGCUCUUUCAAUAGCCAAGUACAAGGACAGGCCUGAAUCUGUGUACUUCUUCAAGAGAGGUGGCAACAUCCAGCAGUACACUUAUAAACAGGAGCCCAUGAAGAAGUGCACAGGGAGGCGGCCUGCCAUCAACUACUCAGUGUACGGGGAGGCAGCGCAGGUCAGGAGGCGCCGCUUUGAGCGUGCUGUUGGACCUUUCCAGACACACACCUUCAGGAUCCAUUACUCGGUGCCCAUCAGAGUCUCUUAUCAAGACAAAGGUUUCCUCCACAAUGAAGUCAAAGUGAGCACAAUGUGGAGAGGAUUUCCAAAUGUUGUUACUUCAGCAAUAACACUGCCUAACAUUAGAAAACCCGAUGGCUAUGAUUACUACGCCUUUUCCAAGGAUCAAUACUAUAAUAUUGAUGUGCCUACUAGAACAGCAAGAGCAAUUACCACUCGUUCAGGGCAGACCCUCUCCAAAAUCUGGUACAACUGUCCUUAAAC